UUCCAAUCCAAAAAGUGAGCCACCCAUAAUAGCUGUCAUCAACUUUGCUCCAUUAUGUUGUCUGUUCAGACAUUUUUUCCUUCUUUAUCUCUAUCCACUAUGUUCUCUACUUCAAAUUUGUGAUUUUGUUUGCAGUUCUAUGAAUUUGUCAAACAGGACGUAGAGAAAAUAAUAAACAAGGGCUGUGUUUGUUGCAGUCAAUGUGGUCUUGCCACGUUUGUUUCUGUGCACAUUGUGUUCAUGUUCUCAUUUAUUUGGUCCACCAAGUUGAGGAACUCACGUCAGUGAGACACUGAGCAUUUUGUAGUUGAUUUUCACACUUGGGUUUUUAUUCAGUUUCAAGAACCUUCAUGUGCUUCUUCAACAUUGAUGUGAUCAGGUGAUUUCAAGCUGACCCUUUUGGUUAUUUUCUUAAUUUAUUGGUUAUCUUUGUUGGGUUCUUUUUGUAUUGGUGUUGUGAGGAAAGAGAUAGGACAUUGAUUUUGUGCCGUUCCUUAUUCUAAUCUGAGCCUUGUCCCUUCUGAAACCUGUUUCCUGAGUUUUGCUUGCAUGUAGCAACUUGCUUUUCAUGAUCACCCACUAUCAAUUACAAGUUGCAACUUUCUAAUUUGUGAUCUAAGCUUUGCCCAUUUGAGUCUUGUUAUAAGCCUCAGCUUUGCUUCAAGAUCCCAUCUCUCUUAUCUUCAAUCCUGGUUAUGAUGGCUGGUGGGACUAUCAGAUUGCUUAUAGGGGUUUCUUCAAUUUUGUAUCUGAUAUGUGGUUCAUUGGGAUUUAAUCCAGUGGAUAAACAUCUGAUAACCUGUGGAUCAAAAACCAAUGUAAAAGUUGGUGAUCGUGUAUUUGUAUCUGAUGAGUCUGAUUCCAGUAUCCUCUCAACCCCACAAAAAAUCUCUGGCAAUUCAAGUUCCAUAUCUUCCUCCUUCGAUUCAGUUCUGUACCAAAGUGCAAGAAUAUUUAGUGGAACCUCCCUUUACACAUUUCCAAUAAGAAAACAAGGGCGUCAUUGGGUUCGCCUCUAUUUCUCUCCUUUUGUUCAUGAGGGUUACAAUUUGAGCACAGCAAAGUUCUCUGUUUCUGCUCAAACUUUCACCCUUCUCAAGGAGUUCAAAAUAGAGAGCGGUUACCGCAUGAGAGAAUACUCUUUGAACAUAACUUCGGACAGUCUAGUUCUCACCUUUACUCCUGCCACCAAUUCAUUUGCUUUUAUAAAUGCCUUAGAAGUUGUUUCGCUCCCGGACGAGCUCAUUCCAGAGGAUGCCAUAACCAUUGGUUCAAAGGAAAAUCACCAAAAUUUGAGGAAGCGAGCAUUAGAGACAGUUGAGAGGGUGAAUAUGGGUAAUGAAACAGUGUCUCCCCAAAAUGAUACCUUGUGGAGACUCUGGGUUUCUGAUGAUCCUUAUUUGACGCACAAUGGUUUUCCCACAAACGUUUCAAAAAAGGAAGCUGUCAAGUACACGACCUGGCCAACGGAGGAUAUCGCUCCUCCUUCGGUCUAUGGCACCGCGACUAAGUUAGAUUCGACGAGAGAUCUUAGUCUGAAUGCCAAUCUGACAUGGCAUUUUGAUGUUGAUCCUGGUUUUGAGUAUCUGGUUCGGUUUCACUUCUGUGACAUAGUCAGUGAAUCUGCUCAACCUCUCAUCCUCAGAGUUUUUAUCAAUUCUCUGUUUGUUUCUAAUAGUCUUGAUCUUAGAUAUCUGACAAAAAAUAUCUUAGGCACCCCAUAUUUUAUGGAUGCCAUUAUGAGGGUAAGUGAUAGCGAGAAGCUAACUGUAAGUGUUGGCCCUAAUAAUCCAGAUGUAACUUACCCAGUUGUCUUUCUCAAUGGGCUGGAGAUCAUGAAAAUAAGCAAUUCUAGGGGCAGCUUGGACUCUUCUUUUAAUAAAAGCUCUAAGAUGAAAGUUGGUGUUAUAGUGGGUUUGGCUGUUGGACUAUUCAUUGCUAUUGUGUUGGCUGCAGUCUUCUUCCUGCUGUGCAGAAGAAGAAGACGCAGAAGAAGAAGACUAACACAUGCCAUCCAUUCAAGGACAGAUGAUGUUAUGGUGAAUGGAAUGGAAAGUAAAGACACCGAUAGCACAGCGAUGUUUUCUGUCUCCAAAAUUGGGUAUCGCUUUCCUUUCGUUGCAAUUCAAGAGGCUACUGAUAAUUUCAGUGAGAACCUAAUUGUUGGGGUUGGUGGUUUUGGGAAAGUUUACAAAGGAGUUUUAAGGGACAACACAAAAGUGGCAGUUAAGAGAGGAGCUUCUUAUUCAAGGCAGGGUCGUGCAGAAUUUCGGACAGAAAUUGAAAUGUUGUCUCAGUUCCGCCACCGCCAUUUGGUAGCAUUAAUUGGAUACUGUGAUGAGAAAAAUGAGAUGAUCGUUAUUUAUGAGUACAUGGAAAAUGGGAGCCUGAAGAACUAUCUGUAUGGCUCAGAUUUUCCAAGCUUAAGUUGGAGGCAAAGGCUUGGAAUAUGUGUUGGAGCUGCCAAAGGACUUCACUAUCUUCACACUGGCUCUACAAAGGCAAUUAUUCACCGGGAUGUUAAAUCUGCCAAUAUACUACUGGAUGAGAAUUUUAUGGCCAAGGUUGCUGAUUUUGGGCUGUCAAAAACUGGUCCUGAGAUUGAUCGAACGCAUGUCAGCACCGCGGUCAAAGGCAGCUUUGGGUAUCUUGAUCCAGAGUACUUAACAAGGCAACAGCUGACGGAGAAGUCAGAUGUGUACUCAUUUGGGGUGGUGAUGUAUGAAGUACUUUGUGGAAGACCUGUUAUUGAUCCAUCUCUCCAAAGGGAAAAGGUGAACUUAGUUGAAUGGGCACUGAAGUGGCAGAAAGAUGGGAGAUUGGAGGAAAUUGUUGACCCCCUUCUUGCAGGUCAAGUAAAGCCGGAUUCAUUGAAGAAGUUUGGAGAGAUAGCUGCAAAAUGCUUGGCAAAACACAGCGUUGAUCGACCUACGGUGGGAGAUGUGUUGUGGAACUUAGAAUAUGUGCUUCAGCUCGAAGGAAACGAUGGACGAUCGGAUCACAAUCGCAGGCCAUCUUUGCAAGCUGAUCACCUGGAGAGCAGUGUAUCUAAUGCAGAAUUUAGCAUGGGAAGUGCAGGGGACCUUGCUGGUGUCUCAAUGAGCAAGGUCUUUGCCCAAAUGGUGAAGGAGGAAAUGAGGUAGAUUGCUCUGAAGCUGUCUUUUUGUUUAUGUAACAUUGUGCCUGCAAGUGUAAAAGAUUAUUGAAUAAUGUAACAGAAUCAUGUGAGAUUCAAGUCCGUUUUCAACUUCUCAGUCGAUAAACACAAUUUAUAUGUUUGUAAUUUGCUAAAUCAUGAGAACAACAGGUGAACAAUACCAAGUUUUGGUUGCGGGUUUUGAAA